AAUGUGUGAGAUUUUCUACUUUUUUUAUAUAUCGAAUAAAUUUUUUUCUAAUCUAUAAUACUUUUCGACCUUCAUCUUCUGGAAUUCUUUCGGCUUCACCUGCUUUGAAAAGAAAACAAGAUUCGCCUCAUAUCGAGGAAUAUACGAUCGUGGGGUAACAUGCGACAACUCCACAAAAACCGCUUCAACAAGAGCUCGUCAGUGCCGGAGAAACAGUGAGACGCGAAUGUGGUUUCGUAGAAAAUGGUGAUUAUCAUUAGUUUAGUGCUCGUGACUUGCUUAAUCACGGACUCAGUUCUCACUGAAGCUCAUUCCAUAAUUUUUCCGGAUGAUGACAAAGAAAGCAAUCGCAAUUGUGUCCAUCAGUGGAAAGAUAAGAUUCAAGUCUGUUCAGAAAAUCAAUAUUGCCAAGGGCAAAGAAUAAAUUGUACAUCAAAUUGUUACGAUCAAUGUGGCGAUCAGGGUAGCUGCUAUUCAUUGAAUGUUGCAGAGCAAAUCUUUGACCCAUACAGAGAUCAUACGGCUCAGUUACUUGUGGGGGAAUUGCUUGAAAAUAAAAAAGAAAUCAACUGGAAAUGCGGAGGAUCACUCAUUGCACCGAGAUUUGUCCUAACUUCAGCCCACUGCUUACCCUUGGAUGAUGAUGUGACCUACGUGCGGAUCACACGAAUGAGUCCUAGAGGAAGGAUAAUUGAGCAUAAAUAUGUCUUUGCAGAGAAAACAUUUAUACAUCCUAAAUUUCACUACAAAACCCCUUUCUAUUAUGAUCUUGCCAUUCUUCAGCUGCAGGAAUCAGUUUAUAGCUUCAAGCCUAUUUUCUUACCAACUCAGGAUAGCAGCUACAAGUUUCAAAAUCAAUCAAUGCACCUCUUUGGAUGGGCUAAGCAUGGAAACAACUACAAUUUUACCCACAAUACCAUGGAGAUCGUUAACAAUAGAAAGUGUGCAUCGUACUUUCGUCUGCCUGAUCUUAGGCAUGGCAUUACAAUCACCCAUAUUUGCGGAGAAAUGCCCAAUGAAGGUUCUCUGGCUCCGUGCUCAGGAGCAAAGCUUGGGCCUCUCCAGACAGACGAUCACGUCAUCGUGGGUAUUCCCUCAUUCACAUUUGGGUGUAAUAAUGAGCGCCCCCUCGUUUUUACCAAUAUCGUCUUCUUCACACCCUGGAUCAGAUCGACUUUACAGGAUGCGUGGGUUGAUCACUGCGGAUUCCCCCAGAGACGAUAAAUUCAACUCAUUGUUAUCGUGAGAUUUUUUUUUAUAAAUGAAGAGUGCAUGCGCCAUUGAAAUUCUUAAGUGAUUCCCCAAUGAUGUUAGCUUCAUUAGAGCUGAUGCUUCGUCAUAUUUUAUGCACGUGUUUUUUUUGCAACAAAAAAACUCAUACAGUGGACGCAAUGUGUGGGCACUUAAUUAUAGUUUAUAUAUCUUAGAAAAUCCCCAAAAGGUGAAAAAUCACACAUGUUAAUUGAAUAACAGAAAAUAAAACAGGUUUAAACGA